AUGACCAGCCAUGCCCAAGCCGGGCGUGCCGACGUUGGCCGCCGCAGCUCACGGAUCUCUCGGGCGUCUCUGAGCGGAGACUGGAACAACCUGGACGAAUAUGGCAAGCUCGUCAAGUAUGUGUCGACCUUCCACGAUCCGAAUGCACUCGAUCAGGAGCUCGGUGAAGUAGCAGAGAAACGAGUCUGGUACGCCCCCUGGAUGAAGCGUAAAGUGCGCGUCAAGAGGGUCAAAGAUGAAAUCGGCAAAUUCCCUGACGACUGGACCAUGACCGAUGUCCGAGAGGGCCUCUCUAGCAGUGAAGUUCCAGUGCGCCGUCGUCGUGCUGGGUGGAAUGAGUUGACUUCCGAGAAGGAAAAUCCCAUUGCUAAGAUCCUUUCCUACUUCCAGGGUCCAAUUCUCUAUGUCAUGGAACUGGCUGUUUUGCUUGCCGCAGGUCUAGAGGACUGGGUUGACUUCGGUGUCAUUAUUGGUAUCCUUUGCCUGAACGCCGCAGUGGGUUGGUACCAAGAGAAGCAGGCUGCCGAUGUGGUUGCCAGUCUCAAAGGUGACAUUGCCCUGCGCGCUCAGGUUAUCCGGGACGGCACUCAACAGGAAUGCCUUGCUCGGGAGUUGGUACCAGGGGAUGUAGUUAUCGUUGGCGAAGGUCAAGUUGUGCCCGCCGAUUGCAGAGUUAUCUGUGACGUCAAGGAUGAACACGGCUGGGAAGAGUUCAACGAGCUCCAAGAGCAGGGCAUGCUUGGCGCAGGGUCGGAGUCAGAUGAGGAGGAAGAUCCAUCCAAGAACAAGGGCGAAGGCGAAGGCGACGGCAAGGCUAAGGCGGAGGACGAACAUCAGGCGCAGAAAGCUCGUAGACGUGGCUACCCCAUCUUGGCGUGUGACCACUCUGCCAUCACGGGCGAGUCGCUUGCCGUGGAUCGUUAUAUGGGUGAUAUGAUUUUCUAUACCACUGGCUGCAAGCGUGGCAAGGCUUUUGCUGUUGUUCAAACGGGUGCAAGGACUUCUUUUGUCGGCCGCACGGCCACCAUGGUUCAGUCUGCCAAAGGCGCCGGGCACUUCGAACUCGUCAUGGAUAACAUCGGAACAUCUCUCUUGAUUCUGGUCAUGGCCUGGAUUCUUGCUGCAUGGAUCGGUGGAUUCUUCCGUCAUAUCCCUAUUGCCUCGCCUCAUCAGCAGACUUUGCUUCACUACACUCUGUCUUUGUUAAUCAUCGGCGUACCUGUCGGUCUUCCUGUUGUGACCACCACCACUAUGGCUGUUGGUGCUGCCUAUCUGGCGAAAAAGAAAGCAAUAGUGCAAAAGCUGACGGCGAUUGAAUCCCUGGCGGGCGUCGACAUCUUAUGUUCCGAUAAAACUGGUACACUGACCGCGAACAAAUUGAGCAUCCGCGACCCUUACGUUGCGGAAGGCGUCGAUGUCGACUGGAUGUUUGCUGUUGCUGCACUCGCGUCCUCACACAAUAUUGAAUCUCUGGAUCCAAUUGAUAAGGUCACAAUCUUGACGCUCAGGCAAUAUCCACGAGCAAGGGAGAUUUUGCGUCGAGGAUGGGUAACUGAAAAGUUCACACCCUUUGACCCAGUGUCUAAACGCAUUGUUACUGUCGCAACUUGUGAUGGCAUUCGAUACACAUGCACGAAGGGAGCCCCGAAAGCCGUACUUCAGUUGACAAACUGUUCCAAGGAAACUGCUGAUUUGUACAAGGCCAAAGCACAAGAAUUUGCGCAUCGCGGGUUCCGCUCCCUCGGUGUGGCCGUUCAAAAGGAAGGCGAAGAGUGGGCUUUACUCGGAAUGCUGCCUAUGUUUGAUCCUCCCCGAGAGGACACCGCUCAAACAAUUAGCGAAGCACAGGCCCUCGGUAUUAGCGUGAAAAUGCUGACCGGCGAUGCGAUUGCGAUCGCAAAGGAAACCUGUAAGAUGCUGGCUCUAGGCACUAAGGUGUAUAACUCGGAUAAGUUGAUUCAUGGUGGUUUAAGUGGCGCCAUGGCUAGCGAUCUUGUCGAAAAGGCCGACGGCUUUGCCGAGGUCUUUCCUGAACACAAAUACCAAGUGGUGCAGAUGCUGCAAGAACGGGGCCACUUAACUGCGAUGACUGGAGACGGCGUGAAUGACGCGCCAUCGCUUAAGAAGGCGGAUUGCGGUAUUGCCGUCGAGGGGGCUUCUGAAGCUGCACAGUCUGCAUCAGACAUUGUGUUCCUGGAGCCCGGACUUUCGACGAUUAUUGACUCGAUAAAAGUCGCACGCCAAAUCUUCCACCGCAUGAAGUCUUACAUCCAAUACCGCAUCGCACUCUGCUUGCACCUUGAGAUUUACCUAGUGACCUCGAUGAUCAUUCUGAAUGAGAGCAUCCGUGUCGAGCUGAUCGUCUUCUUGGCAUUGUUUGCUGAUCUGGCCACAGUUGCGGUGGCUUAUGAUAAUGCAUCAUUUGAGCUGAGGCCUGUCGAAUGGCAGCUUCCAAAGAUUUGGUUCAUCUCCUGCCUGUUGGGCGUGCUACUCGCACUGGGCACGUGGAUCGUCCGCGGUACAAUGUUCUUGAAAUCUGGCGGUAUCAUUCAAAAUUGGGGAUCUAUCCAAGAAGUCCUCUUUUUGGAAGUGGCGCUCACCGAAAAUUGGCUUAUCUUCGUCACUCGCGGCAUUGACACUUGGCCAUCCAUCCACCUAGUGACAGCCAUUCUCGGCGUGGAUAUUCUGGCUACCAUUUUCUGUUUGUUUGGUUGGUUCACCAACGAAAACAUGAGGACCAGACCGCAAAGCCACUUUGUUGAGACUAGGAACGGCUGGACUGACAUUGUCACUGUUGUGCGCAUCUGGGGCUAUUCGAUUGGUGUGGAGAUUGUCAUCGCUUUAGUGUACUUCAUCUUGAACAAAAUCAAGUGGCUUGAUAAUCUGGGUCGUGCCCAGCGGGAUAGGGGUGAGGUUCGGAUUGAGAAUCUCCUUGCUCACUUGUCACGUGUUACGGUUGAGUAUGAAGAAGCAGGUAUGCAAAAGGGCCGGUUCAGCUUGGCUGCAACCAAAGAAGAAGAGGAGGCUGAGUGA